AUGGAAUCUAGAGAGCAAAAAUCUAAACAAAUUCCUUUAUUUGAUUUAUACCCGAUGCCUUCUGGAAUCUCCUCUAAUCUGAAUUCUGUAAAUUUCAAUCCUUCUGAUGAGCAGCCUAAGAACAGUUUAGACGACAGUGUUGAUAAAUUGAUAAAAUCUCAGUUAGAUGAAAUUCUACAUCAAGAUUUAAAUCAGCAUCAUCUGCCUCUUUCAAGAGUUAAAAAGAUAAUGAAAUCCGAUGAAGAUGUCAGGAUGAUUAGCGCUGAAACUCCUGCUGUAUUCGGUAAAGCUUGUGAAUUAUUUAUAAUUGAGCUAACUCAUAGGGCUUGGGUGCAUACUCAAGAAAGCAAAAGAAAAACGCUUCAGCGAAGCGAUAUCGUUUUGUGUAUAUACAAAACAGAUGUCUUUGAUUUUAUGCAGCAAAUAGUCUCUUAUGAAAAAUCAGACUAUUAA